AUGAAGGGCGCAUCCCCGGAACUGGGGGCAGGGCUGCCGGGCGGCAAGGAUGACAUCAACACAGGCCUGAAGCCCCGACAGCUGCAGCCUGCCAGGGAAGAGGGGCCGGAGGCCCCGGAGGCCAGCGCAAGCCCUGUGAAGCCAGAGGAGAUGGACUGGUCCGAGCUGUAUCCAGAGUUCUUCACGCCACCAGCUCAAGCCCAGAGCCACGAUGACCCGAAGGAUGAGAGCGGGAAGGGCGCUCGGGCCCAAGUGGAGUUUGCAGACAUAGGCUGCGGCUACGGUGGCCUGUUAGUGAAAUUGUCGCCGCUGUUCCCGGACACGCUGAUCCUGGGUCUGGAGAUCCGGGUGAAAGUCUCAGACUACGUCCAAGACCGGAUCCGGGCCCUGCGAGCGGCGCCCGGCGGCGGCUUCCAGAACAUCGCCUGUCUGCGCAGCAACGCCAUGAAGCACCUGCCGAACUUCUUCCACAAGGGCCAGCUGACGAAGAUGUUCUUCCUCUUCCCCGACCCGCAUUUCAAACGGACGAAGCACAAGUGGCGAAUCAUCAGCCCCACGCUGUUGGCAGAAUACGCCUACGUGCUGAGAGUUGGGGGCCUGGUGUACACCAUAACCGACGUGCGGGAGCUGCACGACUGGAUGUGCACCCACUUCGAAGGACACCCCCUGUUUGAGCGUGUGCCCCUGGACGAGCUGAGUGAAGACCCCAUCGUGAGGCAUCUGGGCACCGCGACAGAGGAGGGAAAGAAGGUGCUACGCAACGGAGGAAAGAACUUCCCUGCCGUCUUCCGAAGAACAGAGGACCGCGGCCUCCAGGCGGCCACCCCCAGCCCCGCCCCUCCUGCCCACUAGCUGCGUCCCUUGCCUGAGCUGCGCCCCGCCGUGCGGGACCAAGAUCGGGCCCUCUGGACCUGUCUGCUGAGCUGCUGGGCCCAGGGAGGCGCUGCCUCGCCGAAGCUGGGGCCUGGGAGGGCGCAGCCCUGAUGUGCACACCCCUCCACCGCCAGCAGCGGCCAGAGGAGACUGGGGGGGUCAAGAGACCUUCGGAGCCCUGUGGGAGGCUGUGGGCUUGCUGUCCCACAGAAACCCUCCCUGGGCGGCCUCCGCGCCCGCCUGCACGGCCAGAAGAGGCCGCGGUGUGGGUCACGGGCCUUCGCCCUGCCCAGGACCUGACCUGGGGAAUCUGAGCUAUCUCUGGAGAGUGCCUGGGAGGUGGGGGAUGAACGCCCUGUCCUCCUGCCUGACCCACCCUCCACGCCAGAAUCCAGUGGCACAGUGCCCAGUGGGCCUGGGGCAGGAGUGGGCAGCGCUGUGCGAGGCAUUCUGACACUGCAGGUGGGAAGGCGCUGCUGACCGGACGCCCACCCGAGUCAGCUGGAGGUUCCGGCACUCGGGCCUACUCCACCCUGAAACCUGGGGGUCUCUUCCUCCUUCCCUCCCCUCCUGUUGGUACAACCUGAACUUCUCUAAUUUAUAAAACGUUCCUUUGUGUCUGCU